AUGUAGCAAUUUUUACAGCGCCUAACGUCCAUCACCUCACCUCCAAAAAAUAAACUACACAGCCCUCAACAUCCAACGUCAAUAGAACGCGACAGCGGCAGCGGCAUCAACACAAGGAUAUUCGUCUGUAUCGUCGGAAUCUAAAAAAAAAUAUAUACUAAAUGAGCAAAAAAUUAAUUAUUAAACAAAUGUAAAAUUAAUAUUUCUUGAAAUUUUAAUGAACUUAGAAAUACAAUUUAAUAACAGACGGCAAGCUUGUGACCAUGCCAAUAAAAGAAAGUGUUUUUAAAUCUUAAAGAGGUAGUUGAGGCUUCCUGAUUGUGAUGAAUCUGUCCUAUGGCUUCCCCGGCAAGGUCUAUCUGUUCAAGGACUUUGACUUCCACUUCUGCGCCUUGCAGCUGGUCGUCUUGAGCAUCGUAAAUCCACUAAGCGACGACCGACCAAGUGGCUGAGUAAUUGUUACAGGGAACGACGCACUUUAGAAUCACAACCAAAUGGAAAAACCAUCCUCGUCCACUAUGCAGGGGCUCUAUGCGGAGCUGGCUUCCGCAAAGGCACGAAGUCUCCAACUGGAGGAGGAGAAUGUUCUACUGCGCCAUCGCCUCAAUCGAAUGUCCUCAGACCACCAGACGAACGCAGCCGUGGACGUGCAGGCCAGGAUCGUCGCAUUUCAGAUGGAGGAGGAGCGCGAUCAGCUGGUCGAGACAGUGCAGCAGCACAAGAAGAAGUACAAUAAACUGCACGAUGCCUACCUGGAGAAGGUGAAGCGCUGCAAGGCACUCGAGGAAAUGUUCAAGCGGCAGAAGACUCUCACGGGUCUGGUAAUGAAGUCGGCCGUGGAUCAGCGUCACACAGAACAGCGAAUGAUGAAAGAGAAGCGGAUGUCGGCACAGAACGAGCGCAAUGAGGUCGAGCAGCUGAAGGCUCAGGUGGAGAAGCUCCAAAGAGCUCUAGAUGAGUCCUAUGACAUCAUCGACGAAAUGGACUUUGAGCUGGACAGCGUGGACUUGCUGGAGACGCAGAACCAAACCUUGCGCGAGGAGGUGACUGCCUUGAAGGCGAUGCUAGGAGCAGUAGAAGGCGCAGUCUCUGCCUCCGCUCCCAUCGAAGAUGAUGAUCCUCCGCCCAAGUAUCAGCCGGAGGAUCCGACUGGCCGCCACGAGUGUCGCAACUAUCGACAGCAUGUGGUCUCCUCCUGCUGUGAGUCCUGUUUGGGGGAUGAUGAUGCCGACGCCGAGACCAUGGAACGAGCAGCUCUGACCAAUAGCCUUAUCAAAACUGUCGAGACGGAGAGCAACAGUCUCCGACGGGAGCUGCUCAGAUCACGUUGCCAGCUGAAAGUCCGCGCCAAGCUGGAGAAGGAGAGAGAUGAAGACACUGAAGAAUAGCAGGGGGACGAUUCAUCAUCCGACAAACAAGACCAAUCGAAAGAUGACAACCCAUGACCACAACAACUGACAUGAUAAACUACACAGUGAAAACCAGGGGACGGGUCGGCCCACAACUGGCAGAUCGGAGACCGAAGACCAAAGACCGACCCCACAAAGUGCAAGUCUAACCCAGAUUCGGAGCAAGUUACGCCUAACAAGUGCACAUACCAGAGAUUGCUUUUAAGGUUCGACAAACACGAUCUGCAGCUAGACACCCAAUCCACAUCCACAUCCAAAAACUUGGAGAUAAGAGUAACCUGAAUUUUGGCAAAAGGAAACCCGUCUGUCCAAUGGCGAUUAAUUAAAAUAUUUGUUAAUGGCAUCCAACGUGUUGUGUGUCCCAAUCAGUUGGUCGUUCAACUGAUCCAAAGGAUCCCGCCUGUCCUGUAAUCCAUGAAGGUUCCACACCACACCACCACGAACAUCGCCCCCAACCCGCUCUCCAAUCAAACAAACAUGACAAUUAUUUUUUAUGACUUAAUGCAGUCUCGCAUAGUCGCAGGCCUCGUUGCCCAAUGUCUGGUCUGUCUUUGAGUUGCAAAUUAUUGACAAAAUAAAUUAAUCUGCACAUUU